AUGGCAGACACUCGAAGCUAUACAUCGUCGUGGCUCGCGCUUGAGCAAGCGCUCGGAGCUCGUCCUGUUCUUCAGGGAAGUACUCUGGAAAUGCGUGCUCAAUUCAACGGAUUGGUCGAAGCACUAGGACCACAAUAUCCUCCACCCUCCACUGCAGUACAUGCUACUGAGCACGAUGUUGAUGGUCUGAAAUUGAGGAUUUAUACCCCUGAAUCCUUAGCAUCAGGGACCUCGCUGCCUGUUGGCGUCUUUGCCCAUGCUGGAGGACUCGUUAUGGGAAGUCUUGACAGCGAGGAUGCCUUGUGCCGAGACAUUGUCGAGAAUACAGGGGGUAUAAAAGUGAGCGUGGACUACAGACUGGCGCCUGAGAACAAAAGUCCAGCACAGUUGGAGGACAUGUUGACUGCUACAGUUCAGCCUACGGACCCAAACUACUUCAUCGGGCUUGACGAGGACGUUCAGAAUUCAUUCCUGCCUACCUACGAUGUAAAAUGUGAAUUUGAUCCACUGAGGGAUAAUGGGACAGUUUUCGUGCGCUCUCUGCGGUCCCAAGGUGUUGAGAUCAAGCAUGAUCACUAUUCGGAGCUACCGCAUUGUUUCUGGAUCUUUCCAAGCUUACCAGAGACCAAAGCCUUCCUGAAAAAUCUCUUCGAUGGAAUUAGAUGGCUGCUUACGAGAAGUAAAUAG